CCCUCCAAGUGCCCUAAAGGUUACACCGGUCAUCACCUUUGCACAACUCUUCACCACAACAAAGAAUCAUGGCAGAUACAGCUCAGCGCAGUGGAGACACAGUUGACGCAGCAAUAAUCCCGGCAGAUACACCACAGCGCAGUGGAGACACAGUUGACGCAGCGAUAAUCCCGGCAGACACAGCUGGAGCACAGAUUUCAAAGGAGAAUGAGGAGGAUAUGCACAGAUACAAGACGGACUUCCCCUGUGUGGGAAUCUGCGUCAUCUUCAACAACGAGAACUUCAAGAGAAGCACAGGAAUGGGGUGUAGACUUGGCACAGAUGUGGACGCAGCUGCCCUGGAGAAGACAUUUAAAGAAUUAGGAUACAAAGUCAUUAUGCACAAGGACCUCACUGAGUUAGAGAUGAAGCAGGAGAUGGUGAAAGUGGCUAAAGAGGACCACAGUCAAAACGCAUCCUUCGUUUGUGUCAUUUUGAGCCAUGGAAAAGAGGACAAGAUCUAUGGAACAGACGACUAUAUUGAACUGGACAAACUCACUAGAUGUUUUAAAGGAGACAGAUGCAAGAGCCUCAGAGAGAAACCCAAGCUCUUCUUUAUUCAGGCAUGUCGUGGAAUUAAGCGUGAUCCUGGAGUUGUGAGGCCAAACCAGGAUGGUGUGGAUGCUUUUUCAGUGAAUGAGCUAACAACAGUUCCAGUGGAGGCGGACUGUCUGUACGCCUACGCCACAGCGAAAGGAUACUACGCCUGGAGGAAUGACAGUGAGGGCUCCUGGUUCAUUCAGAGUCUGUGUGAGAUGAUCAAGAAAUACAGGGACCUGGAGCUGAUGCACAUUCUGACCAGAGUGAACAGAAGAGUGGCCUAUCACUUCCAAGCGUCUGUAGGCAACAACAAAGAAAUCCCCUGCAUCACGUCCCUGCUGACCAAAGAGUUCUACUUCCCAAAGUCAACAUAA